AUGGAUAAAUUUGUUAUUAAACAAUCAAUUAAUCCUGGAUUCAUUCAAACAAAAAAAGAUGAUGAAAAUAAAGAAAAUAAAGAUUUAAAUGGAAAAUCAAAUAAUAUAAUUAAAAAAGAAGAAAAGAAAGAGGAAAAGAAAGAGGAAAAGAAAGAAGAAAAGAAAGAAAAAAAGAAAGAAGAAAAAAAAAAGGAAAAUAAAAAAACUACCCCAACUACAACCACCGCUGCACCAAGUGCACCAUCAACUACCACAAAUAAAACAGGAGCAAAUAACACUUCAUCAAAACCAAAUACUACAAUUAGUGAUCCAAAACUACAACAAACACUUGUAAGUCAUUUCUUCCAAUCUGGUGGUGAUGAUAAACCAUCAUAUAAAUAUUUAUUUGAAAAAGAGGCCGCUGAUAGAGAAGAAGAAGAAAGAAAGGAACAAGAAAGACAAGAAAAAGAAAGACAACUGUUAGAAGAGAAGAGAAAGAAAUUACUAAAGUUAAAAGCAGAGGCCAGAAAGAGGAGAGAGGCCGAAAAGAGAGCAAGAGAAGAAAGAGAAUGGGAAGAAUAUCUUGCUCUUCAAGAAAAGAUUACAAAAGGUGUCGAAAUUGCUCCAUAUUUAUAUUUGGGUUCCUUUUUAGCCGCUAAAAAUGCUGAAUGGCUACAAGAAGCUAAUAUUAAAAAGAUUGUUAAUGUAACUUCAGAAGUGCCAUCUUACUAUAUCAAUAAAAAAGAUAAAACCGCUGAUGAGGAAAUUUUAAUAGGAAACUCCAAAAAGAAUGUUGACAGUUUUAUUGUAGAUGACGAUGAAGAUCUCGAUGAUGAAAUUGAAGAUGAAGAAAUCGAGGACGAUGACGAAGAAAUCGAAGAUAUUGAAGUAGAUGAUGGAGAUGACUUUAAUAUUGAUCAGGGCGAAGAUAAAGAACAAGACAACGAAAUGAAACCAAUUGAAGAAAAAGACAAUGAAGAAAAAAUGGAAAUUGAUGAAAAUAAUAAAGAUGAUGAAGUCAAUAAACAGGUAGAAAAAGUACAAAACAAUAUUGAAACUAUGAAUGUUGAAACCUCCCAAACAGAUGACACACCAAUAGCCACCAUCACCUCCACCACCAUUACUAGUGGCACAUCAACACCAACCAACGAAGAAAUUAAACUCGAUAUUAAAUAUUUUAGAAUUCCAAUUGCAGACAGCUCAAGAUCAAAAAUUGAAAACUAUUUUGAUGAAGCAAUUAAAUUUAUCAUUGGCGAAGAUGAUGGAACAUCAAAUGUGUUAAUUCAUUGUAAACAAGGAAGAAGUAGAUCACCAACCAUCGUUAUUGCUUAUUUAAUGACCAAACUAAAAUGGAAUUUAGAAAAAUCAUUUAACCAUGUUUCAAGUGUUAGUCCAAAAGACCUUACCGUCAAUGAUGGUUUCAAACAAAAACUAAUGAAAUUAGAACUAUCUUUAUUUGGCAGCAACUCAUUAAACUUUUUCGAUAGAUCAAGUAGAUCCGCUAGAGCCAGGAAGUCAAUUGCCAUGGCCCAAUCAAAACAAAAAGAUCACGAUGAUUUCAUAAUUGACGAAGAAGAAAAUACAAAUCAACCACCAAAAGACAUUACCAUAUGCGAAGAUGAUGCAUCAAUUAUUGAUAAUUUAAAAGUAAUUAAAAAAAGAAAAAAUGUUUCACCAUUAGACGAUGAAUAA